CCCCUUCCCCGCACUCUUUCCCCACAAAGUAAUAGUUCCCCUCCCGAAUGGUCGUCAUGGUAACCACUACCACGACCACCACGCGACAGCUACACGCUAUAUUUCCCCUCACUUUGUUGCUAUCUUUCCCCUCCCCUCGUCUUCCAUAGCGACUCAACAGCGUGACAGCGUGACAUGAGGGAAGGAACACGCCAGGGAACAGUAUUAGUUAGUUCCUGACAAGAAGGAUCUGUAGUGCACUCGUACUAAACCUCUUUGCAGAGAGCCAUGGGUCAGCAGGCAGCAGAUGUGAUUCUUCGGGUCCAGCUGCAGGAGACAUCCACCCUGGACCUGUACUACCAGGAAAACACGUCUGUGCAUGAGGAGGAUGAGCUGGCGGCCAUCCUGCUCACCCAGUGGAACGAUUACCAGCAGAAGCGGCUGAGUGGAUCAGUGAGGGCGAGAGAGGUGACCUGCCAGACACAGCCCAGGUACAACAUGGACAAGACCACACAGAAGUCAGCCACCACCACGCAGGAGAAUGGUGUAAUGGCUACCCAGUGGAGUCUGUACGAUGAGUACCGGAUAGCAGAAGGAAGGAAAGAGGAAGAAGAUGAAAGUAAGCAGCAGGAGCAGGAUGAGCCAGAGGAGAUGGAUGGAGUGAGGGUGGAUGGGCUGCUGCGGGGACUGGGCUGGGUGGAACGGCAACUUUCCUCCAGUGACAACAUCCACCUCCUGCAUACCUUCAGUGACUGCCUCCAGACACAACAGCUCGACUCGCGCUCCUACUUAGCAGGGCGGCGGGUGAGUGCAGCAGGGGAAGGCUGUCGUGCUGAGGAGCUGUGGGAGUUCCUAUGUCCUGCCACAGCCAGCCGCAGGGUGAAUGGUGUCACCUUCUGCAGGAAUUCCCAGUGGUUGGUGCUGGCCGCGUACGGCAACCUUUCCUUCACCGACGUGCCCGAGGGCUUCCUGUGUGGCUGGAAUGGCAAGAGGAUUGGUGAACCUGAGGUGAGACUGGCACUGCCUGGUCCAGCCACAGCUGUCAGCUGGUGCCCAUCAGCACCAGAGCUGUGUUGUGUGGCACUGAUGGAUGGCAGCCUCAGGGUGUACCAGCUGGCCUCACCUGUCCCCCACCUGCUUGUGGACACAAGUGGCAGUGUGGACAAGCACUGUGGACCAGUGUGGGCUGUGGAGUGGCGUCCAUCCCCCGCCGGCAGCCCCAAGGAGGGCCCGCUGCAGCAGGCGCUGGUGACGGCCUCCGAGGACGGUGUGGUGAAGGAGUGGGUGCUGGGGGAGGAGGGCGGCCUGGCACGCUGCACUUCACUGAUGAAGGUGUGCCUCCCACCGUGGGUGUCCUUGGAGAUUACUGGUGGCUUGGGUGAGAUCUUGAGGCUGGCUGAGGAGGAGCAGGGACCAGCUGGACCAACAGGGGGUGGUCAGCUGCUGCCUGAAACAGUGCCAGCCACGGUGCUUAAGUUCCGGCCGGGUGACCCCACCUCCUACCUGGUGGGCACUGUUGCUGGCCACCUGUUGAUGUGCCGGACAUUUGAGCGACGUGGCAGUGUGGCAGUGUUUCAAGGACACCGUGGCCUUGUCACUGCCCUCGACUGGCGGCCCAUGAGCCCUUCAGAUCCCUCAGUGGUGUUCCUCUCCUCUGCCCUGGAUGACACCCUCAGAGUGUGGCACGUAGACCGCCGUGAGUCACAUUGUGUCCUCAAGAACCCUCAGGCCUCCUCUGGUCCAGGAGGGUAUGUGGAUGCCUGUUGGUGUCCCUGGUACAACAACCUGAUAGCCAGUGUUCAUGGGGGUGGCCUGCACCUGUGGGACAUCUCUGUGUCCACCCACACACCUAUUGUGACUCAUGCCGUGCCUGGAGCCACUUGUACCACCUUCAGCCCCCACACGAGGAACGUGGUGGUGGGGGAUGCCACUGGUGCAGUGAGAGUGGUCCACCUGGAAGGCCUCACCAUCACCACUUCCACUGCCUUCCAUCGUUUCUCUGCUGUCCUCACCAGGAUAUCCAUGCUGGGACCAAAGGAAGAGGAGAAAGGCAAUGAGUAGCACUGAAGGAAAAGGUUCAGGUCCAUCAGUGCCAAAGAUGCAAUGUAAUUUGAUAAUACUUCCACCAUGAGCAAUAACAAUUAAUACAAACAGUGUCAUUUUUCAUUGUGCUUCUUUUAUGAAUGUCCAGUGUUUAGAAUUCUUAUUAAAAUAAUUAAAAAUGUACCAGCCUGUCUUGACCCUUCACUUGCCACUCAUCAUCAAUCAACCAACUGUUUCUGAGGCACCAGUGACCAUCCUGAAGACAACAUGUUGAUUCCUUAACUUCUUGAAGGCAGAUAGUUGAAACAUCACCCUUUGUCUCACUGUAACAGUAAAACACAGGAAGGAGUGUUCCUUGUUCUGUCCCUUCCAGUCACUUUUACAACACACAGGGCACACAGUGGCACUAUUCCUUCAGUCUGGCUGUGAAGAGCAUUGCCAGACUGCCUCUCUUAU